GAGGCAGGACACCAGAGUAAAAAAUAAAUUUAAAAAAAUGCACGAUCUGUGAAAGUACUGUAGACAUAUUGUUGACUUUUGUUGCCAUAUGUAAACAUAUCAUAGAAAGGUGAUGAAAGUUUUGCGGGUUGCGGUGUUGCUUUUAGAAAGGCCACGCGGUUAUCGCACCUUCGCUGGGUUCUGUGUAAAAAGUCUGAGGCAAAAAAUGUCUGAUCGUUUGUUAUGACUCUAAUACUGCAAUUUGCAGGAACUCUUUGUGAAAGAGGCUACAGAUGCCAACCGGGUGGGGGUCGGGUCAGCUUCAUUCCUCUACUCCAUUCAGAACAAACAGCAACACAAGGGGAAAAUGGUAUGUUGCCAGUAUGAAGUCACCGUGCUUGUUGCUGCAUCGCGAGCCCAAUCCCAACGUUGAUGACCUCUUCUGAUGCUCUUGUCGGCUUCUGUUCUUCUGUUACCUCUCCUCCCCAGUCUCCAGUCGCCCUCCCUCCUGCCUAUCUAAAUCCUCCAAGCCUCCCUUAUUACUCCAGAGAGCUGUAGCUGGCAGACACAACUUCAGAUUCAAGAAGUAGACUGGAGUACAUUUAAGAUGCAAGAUGAUGGGGACAAACUUCAUUGGAGUGCCAUGAGCUAGCAAGGACCACAAACCUUUUUUCUUUUUUUUUUUUAACUAGCAACAUUUUUUUACCACACUUGGCCAUGCCAGCCAAAGGGAAAUACUUGUUGAAUGACCAGGAACUCAAGAACGAGGCACUCUACCGCAAGUUCUCAUGCAUCAGCCAGUACCAGCCACUGGUGCUCCUGCUGGGCCUUUCUAUGAUCUCCUGCGGUGUCCUCCUGGUCCUCUUCUUCGCUCUCGGACUGAGCGCCCAGGAGCACUGCGCCUUUGUGAGCGUGGCGAGCGGCGGCCUGUGCGUCUUCCUGGCCGUCUUCGUGCUGGUGUGCACCGAAAUGCUGUCCCAACGUUGGCGCCGGCCACUGGGCCUGCUGGUGUGGGCGGCGCACCUGCUCAUGGGCUUCACCUUCAUCUUCAGCGGGCCCAUCGUCCUCCCGUGGGACCAGGUGCCAUUCUUCCUGUUCAUCAUCUUCACUGUGUACACCAUGCUGCCAUUCCCAUUGUGGUACGCGGUGGCACUGAGCGCGCUCUCAUCGCUGUCCCACAUUGUUGCGCUCACAUUGCGGCUCACCGUGUACAGCGACGUGCCCACGCCGUACCUCGCCAACCAGCUGCUGUCCAAUGCGGUGGUGUUCCUUUGUGGCAGCGUGGUGGGAGCAUUUCACAAGGUCCUCAUGGAGAAAACCCUCAGGCAGACCUUUCAGGACACGCUCCGAUGCCUCAGCAUGCGCAUGAAGCUGGAGAUCGAGAAGAGACAACAGGAGAACCUGCUGCAGUCUGUGCUGCCGGUCUACAUCUCCAUGAAGAUGAAGCUGGCCAUCAUGGAACGCUUGCAGGACUGCAAAGACAAGGAGGAGCAACAGCGGCUGGUUAAAGACAACAACUUCCACAGCCUUUACGUCAAACGUCAUGAAAACGUCAGUAUUCUCUACGCCGACAUUGUGGGCUUCACUCGAUUGGCCAGCGACUGUUCCCCCAAGGAGCUCGUCGUCAUGCUCAACGAAUUGUUUGGAAAGUUUGACCAAAUCGCCAAGGAAAACGAGUGCAUGAGGAUCAAGAUCCUGGGCGACUGCUAUUAUUGCGUCUCAGGCCUGCCGGUGUCUUUGCCCAAACAUGCCAAGAAUUGUGUGAAAAUGGGCCUGGACAUGUGCGAAGCCAUUAAGCAGGUACGAGACGCCACCGGCGUGGACAUCAACAUGAGAGUGGGUGUGCACUCGGGCAAUGUGCUGUGCGGCGUGAUCGGUCUGCGCAAGUGGCAGUUUGACGUAUGGUCACAUGAUGUGACGCUGGCCAAUCACAUGGAGUCGGGAGGCCUCCCGGGACGUGUUCACAUCACCGAGGCGACUCUGAAGCACUUGAACAAGGCGUACGAAGUAGAGGAGGGCGACGGGCAGCUGCGGGAUCAAUAUCUCAAGGAGCUCAACGUCAGAACCUACCUCGUUAUUGACCCUCGGUCCAAAGAUCCGACGCAGAGCGGCCGCUGCGUCCCCAAGCCUCGGGUGAACGACGGUCUGAAAAUGCGGGCGUCCGUGCGCAUGACGCGGUACCUGGAGUCCUGGGGGGCCGUCAAGCCGUUUGCGCACCUGCAGAGCCGAGAGGGUUUCGCCGUGGACCCCCUCAGCAAUGGAAAGUCACUCAGUAAGGACAUCCCAUUGCGAACAGCACCCAGCUCCAAGAUCACCGAGAGCUUUGAUGAGUCACUGGAAGACCAGUUCUCCUUGUCCACGGCCUCGUUCACCAGCCAUAAGAACAAGUCGCAAAAGAGUCGCUUCGAUGAGGAGUUGCACAACGAGAUGACAACCACCAUCGAUGAACUGGGCACCAAGCAGUGGUACAAGUCUGAGGAGAGCGGCAGUUUAGCCAUCUGGUUUCCAAAGAAAGACCUAGAAAAACAGUACCGAGCCUUGGAUUUGCCAAUGUUCAAGCACUACGUGGGCUGCGCCGCCGUCAUCUUCCUCUGCAUCUUUUCCAUCCAGAUGUUAGUCACCGGGGAUCGGCAGAUACUCGGAGUGACGUUUGCGGCGUUGGCGUGCGUCCUGCUGCUGACCCUGACCAUCUGUUUUGCAGCUCAUAUACAGCGCAUGUUUCCAGAGAAGCUGUCAGGCUGCCAAUGGCUGGCGUCAGUCUCUGAGGCGGUGGUGAAGAAGCCGUGUGUGCGCCUCCCCCUGGCCGCCAUCACCACUGCCGUCAUCGUUCUCUUGGCAAUCUUCAACCUGGGCUUCAACCAGACACAUUUUCCAGACUGUUCCAGUGGUGACGUUUCUGCCCUGGGUCACAGAAAUGAUUCCCAACGUCUGGGAUUACAGGAAGGACUCUUCUAUCUGCCUUACUCUGUGUACUGCUGCAUCCUAUCCCUGAUGGCUUGUGGCGUGUUCCUGCGCGUCAGUUUGGAGCUCAAAGUGCUCUUCCUCGCCCUUUCGUCCAGCGUCUACUACACCAUAAUCCUCAGCACCAACAAGCAGCUCUUCGUGGCCUACGCACAUGUCCUCCACGCUCAGAUUACCGGAGAGGGCAACUGCAGCAGCCUAUCCGACGAGUCGACGGUGAGGCUGGUGGGCCUGGUGAAGCACCCCCAGGUGAUGAGCUGCAUCUACAUCACCUUGUUCCUCGUCACCAUGCUCAUCAUCUCGCAACAGAACGAGUCGUGCUUUCGCCAGGACUUCCUGCUCAAGUACAAGAACCGCACAGAGCAGGACGAGAUCGAGACCCGGGAGAACCUCAACCGCUUGCUGCUUGAGAACGUGCUGCCCGCUCACGUGGCCUCGCUCUUUGUCGGCGAGAAUAAGAAAAACGAGGAUCUCUACUACAAGUCGUAUGACUGCGUGUGCGUGAUGUUCGCCUCGGUGCCCGACUUCAAGGAGUUCUACACCGAGUGCGAUAUCAACAAAGAGGGCCUGGAAUGCCUGCGGCUCCUCAACGAGAUCAUUGCCGACUUCGACGAGCUGCUGUCCAAGCCUAAGUUCAGCGGCGUCGAGAAGAUCAAGACCAUCGGCAGCACGUACAUGGCGGCGGCAGGACUCAGCGGGACGCUUGGUCAGGAGAACAACCAGGACAGGGAGCGGCAGCAGGCGCACAUCGGCAUCAUGGUGGAGUUCGCCGUGGCUCUCGUCGGCAAGUUGGACGGCAUCAACCGGCAUUCCUUCAACAGCUUCAGGCUGCGCGUGGGUAUUAACCACGGUCCCGUGAUCGCUGGCGUGAUCGGUUCCAGGAAGCCUCAAUACGAUAUCUGGGGCAACACGGUCAACGUGGCCAGCAGAAUGGAGAGCACCGGCGAGCUGGGAAAGAUACAAGUGACGGCGGAGACGUCGGACGUGCUUCACAGGCUGGGCUACUCAUGCGAGUGCCGCGGCUUCAUCAGCGUGAAAGGCAAAGGCGAGCUCAAGACCUUCUUUGUGUGUACGGACACAAGCAAGCAGCAAGGAAUGGGCCUCAGCUGAGAUCGGGAGGUGACGCUGCAAAAAAAUGCAACACUUGCUCGGACGCGCGAAGCAAGUGUUUGCGCGGCCCCUCCUCCCGCAGCACAAGGAGUGACUGUAAUACAGCUGUGGGCCGAUGGUGGUGCUGAAAAUACAGGAAAUUGUGUCAAACUGCGCCGGAUGAGCUCAAGAUGGGUUAUAUUUCAAAUUAACUGGAAAUUGGGGUGGGGUCAGUACAAACAAACGCCUGACCACCUGUGUGUUUCCGAGCAUAGGUUCUUCGUGGAUUUUGGUACAACCUUUUGUGAUAAACAUCCAUGCUGGAUUUUAUCAUUUGCUGACACGAUGAUGAGGCAACUGAGUUGUCGUUCAAUUCUGGGAAAAGGUCUUUGAAACGUCCGUGCGAUUUUUAAAAAAUUUUUUUUUGUAAUGCCCACCCAAAAUUCGUGUCAAACUUAUGUUGUGGGGCUGAUUUGGGGGACUCAUAUUGUGGACCACCAAAAUUCCACACAUUUACAGGAUACAUGCACUUGUUAAAUUGUCUUAUGGCCUUUGGAGGACGAGAUCGGGAAAAACGGCCUGUAACUUUUGUACUUAAUGACCAUGAAAGAAAAUCUCAUGUACUUAACCGUUUUUAAGUAGACUUUUUGUGUCCGAUAAAACAACGGAUUCUGUUUGUGGAUCAUUUUGUCGGCUUUGUUACUGUGUAAUGAGCAAGACACACGUGUUGUAGUUCGGCAGGUCGUGUUUUGUGUAUUUUUAAUGGGACAAUCUUUAUAGCUGCGUCGUCAACAAGCAUGAUCUCAUGUCCGGUGUGUUGUCGUCAUGCCUGCUUCUUGCUUACGUGUGAGGCAUUUCUCCUCUAAAGGAGCGAUUCUGGAGCAUUCAUCUCGUGGCCUUAUUCCACCAACUAUCGUGUCUGUAAGUGUGUGGAUAUUAUGAUUAACACUGUUAUAUAGUUGACCUUUUCUUGCUUAUGAACAAAAUGUUCUAAAUAAAUUAUUCACAAAGGG